AUGGCUUCAGCGGGAUCCCCUCCUCCUUCAGCCUCGCCUCCGCGCCAACCAACACAUCCUUCCGUCAUCAACGUGGUGUACCGUCCGGGCGACUUUAGCUCCUACAGCGUGUCAACCACGUCCCUUCCGCCAGGAGCACUGAUGGCCCGACUCACGAGUCCGCCGCUGACUUUUACGGACAAGAAGCGCUGGUCAAGCGUCCAGGUGUCGGAGAACAAGCACGUCGAGUUGAACUGCGACUUCCUCUACAUAAACCACAGCUGCGAGCCGAGCUUGGAGUUCCACGUGGUUCCGGACUCCGAGGAGCCCGUCAUCGAAAUCAGAGUCGCCAGGCGCCGGGACGAGCACGGAAAUCCAAAGGGUGUGUCUGUCGGCGAUGUGUUGACCUUCUUCUACCCCAGCACCGAGUGGGAAAUGGACCAGCCCUUCCAAUGCCAUUGUGGGACACGGAGCUGUAAAGGGCGCAUCAGCGGGGCCAAGGAUCUGACCAGCGAACAGCUGAGAGGAUAUUUCCUCAACGCCCAUAUUGAGGAUCUGAGGAGCAUCCCCUCCGACAGUGAAGGCAACAAGCGGCAUGUGCAGACGCAGGGUGGUUGGUAA